UACCUCCCAGCAGUCAUUCCAAUGGAUGGUUCUUCUGAUGACAUACUAUCCAGAAGUCCAGAAAAAGCUGAGACAAGAGAUUGAGACACAAAUCGGAGACCGAAUGCCAACACAUGAGGACAGGAAUCGAUGCCAUUAUGUCAUGGCUUUCAUUACGGAAACACUGAGGUUCAGGAAUAUAGUGCCAAUGGGUGUCCCACAUAAGGCUGUCGUCCAGAGUACAAUCGGAAUAUGUUGUCGUAAUGAUGAAGACUGGCAAAAGGGGUCUGAGUUCCGCCCCGAGAGGUUUCUCGACAGUGAGGGACAGUUCAUGACUACCCGUCCAAAGGCGUACAUCCCGUUCGGUGUGGGACGACGUGUUUGUUUGGGCGAGAAGUUAGCCAUCGCUGACCUCUUCCUAGUUUUGGUCAGAUUUCUGCAAUCGACUCAAGACUACGAUAUAGUCCUCGACAGUAAUUGUGGUAUCGAUGCCGACCCUAAUAUCGCCGACGCUUUCAAUCCCUAUGAUUACAAAAUAUUUCACAUUUGA